CUGCAGUUCCACCUUAGUAAAACAAUUUGAAAUGUAGUUGCGGCGUCUCUAUUUCACGUUAUCUACUAGCUGAGAGCCGUAUAAAAAUUGAUAUCUUAAUUUUACACGUCCUAAGAGGGCCCUGCUCCUCAAGAUAUAUCCGUGAAUCAGCGUGAAAACCGCGGGUCCGCUCAGCCAUGUCGAGUGAAGAAAGCUACUUGGCCAUCAUACGCUAUCUGACGGAUGAACGGGAGCCGUACGCGCCGGGGACGCCCGGUAACACCAAGAGGAAAAUACGCAAAGCGGCGACCUGCUACGUUGUGAGAAACGGGACUUUGUUUUAUCAGCGCCGACUGAAAGGCCAGAAUGAUUUCACGGAGCUGGAGGUGGUGCUGCAGGACGGCCGGAGGAGGGAACUCAUCAACCAAGCGCACAUCACCGGAGGAGGGGAGCACCUCAACCAGCAGCUCACCUGGGAGUCCAUCUCUUACAAGUACUGGUGGAGAGGUAUCUUGAAAAAUGUAAAAGACCACAUCAGAGAGUGUGCUCAGUGUCAGGGCAGACGCAAUGCAGACGACGGUUCUGGAGCUCGACUGGUGUCCCGGCCGGGGAGACGCAGGGCGGCUGCCAACGCCAACGAUGAGGACGACGAGGAAGAGGAGGAAGAAGAAGGAGAUGACAAUAUAAUCUUCACUGAUGCUUCCUCUCAGCAGAGAUCCAAGUUGGCCAAGACGAUGGCCAAGCACGAGCUGGUCUUUGUGGACAGUAAAGGCGAGGUGAAUCAGUUCCUGCCCAAACACAGUCAGACCAUGUUGGAAAAACUCAACCAGCAGCGCCUCAACAAUCAGUUCUGUGACAUCACGCUGCUGAUUGAAGGGGAAGAGUACCGUGCUCACAAAGCUGUGCUGGCAGCGUGCAGCGAAUACUUUAAUGAGCUCUUUUUUGAAAAAGGUGCUGCAUCCACACAUGAGGCUGUGGUCGACCUCUCAGGUUUCACUAAAGCCAGCUUCCUGCCUCUGCUGGAUUUCGCGUACACGUCCAUGCUUACGUUUAACUUCUGCGUGAUGGCAGACAUCGCCAACCUCGCCCGCCACUUGCUGAUGACAGAGGUGCUGCAGAUCUGCGAGUCCGUGCACAAGCAGGUGGAGGAACAGAAGCUGACGGUCUAUCAAAGAGGAGAUAUCCACACUGUGGUGGCGAGCCAGCCCGCUUCGGAAGAGGGUUUAAAGGAAGAGUCCGGGGCCUACAUGAUGACCAUACAGAGUGACGGCGGGGCGAUUGUAACCAGCGAGCCCGUAGCUUUUGUCGCACCCACAAAAGAGGCGUACAUUGAGCAGCCAAUGACAGUGGUCACCCAGGCCGUGGAAUUAGAUGAAGGAAUGCAUGAUGGGGAGGCAGCACAGAAUGAUACUGUGACUCUGAUCACUCACAGUGGACAAGCGGAGUCAGGAGAGACAGUCACUCUUAUUUCAGGCAGUGCAGAAGGAAUGGAGGGGGAGACGAUGACUGUGGUCACCCACAGCGGACAGUCUGGAGCCAGCGAGUCCCUGGCUGUGGUUUCAGCCUGCUUGGCCAUGGAGGAGCCUCAGGUCGCUGAAGCAGGAGCCUUUGUUAUAAACGUAGAACCAGACAAAGUGAUCACCUCAGACGUUGCCAAACUAGAAUCUGUAGUCGUCUCUGUGGGGCUGCAGACAGAGGCGGCGCCGUCGCCUCCGCAGAAUGUAGAAUCAGCACCGGCACAGAGCACACCUACUCCCCCGAAACGGAAACGAGGGCGUCCAGCCAAGGUGAAAAAAGAGGUGGAGGAGUUCAUUCCACAGGAGGAGGAGGACCCCUCUGCCGAUGAAAGCCAUGAAGACAAGCAGGAGAUGAUGUCAGAUGGCCCCAACAGAAGACGCCUGCGGCAACGCUCUAUGGCUGAGGGGGGUUAUGCUCGUUUACAUAUGGGGCUGGAGGAGGAAGAGGAGGGAAAGAAAGGUUCAACCCCACCACGUGUUGCCACCCCGAAGGUGGGUCCGAGGCCAGGGAAGAGGGGCAGACCACCAAAGCAGCCAGUGGAGAAUCAGAUGGAGGAUCAGUCAGUGUCUGAGUGUGGAACAGAUCCAGAGGCCAGCGUGGUGGAGAGCGUGACGGUAGUUGAGCUCAGCACAGAGGAGACGGGGAUAAAGGCGGCUGAGCCAGAGACUGGAAGCAAGCAGGACCCGGCUCCAGCAGAGGGCGCUGCUGAAGGAGAGCACACAUGCUCUGAGUGCGGCAUGUCCUUCCAAAGACGCUACUCCCUCAUCAUGCACACGUUAAAACAUGAGAAAGCUCGUGGAUAUAAGUGCAGUUUGUGUAGUAAAGAGUUCCAGUACGCCGCCUCGCUCCGCGCCCACCUCGCCAGACACAAGCAGCAGAGCAGCCAGCGAGCCCCCGUCACCAAAGCCAUAGUAGAACAGAGCUCCGAGGGCAAAGCAGAUGGCGAGUUGGACGAGAAGACUUUAUCCCCGCACACUAAAAGAGAAUUCGUGUGCGACAUCUGUGGGAAGACUUUGCCAAAGCUCUACUCCCUGCGCAUCCACAUGCUGAAUCACACGGGCGUGCGGCCUCACUCCUGCAAAGUCUGCGGCAAGACUUUCGCCCACAAACACAGCCUGAAGAUGCACAGAGCGCUGCACGACGUCACCAAGCAGUUCCAGUGUGAGUACUGCAAGAAAUCCUUUGUGAGCAAGCGGAGCAUGGAGGAACACACCAGCCUCCAUACAGGUGAAUCAAAGUACCUCUGCAACACAUGUGGAGCAACUUUCCAUCGAGCGUCUGCUCUGAGCAAACAUCUGAAGAAGCACCAGCCCAAACCUGACGUGCGACCAUUUGCUUGUGCACACUGUGAUAAAAGGUUCUACGAAGCCAAAGAUCUCCAGCAGCACAUGAACAAGCACAUGGGCCUUAAACCCUUCCAGUGCCAGGUGUGUGGGAAGUGUUACAGCUGGAAGAAGGACUGGUACUCCCACGUCAAGUCGCACAGUGUGGCGGAGCCCUUUAAGUGUAAUGUGUGCGGGAAGGAGUUCUUUGAAAAGGCUCUUUUCAGGAGGCACGUCAAGAAAGCCACGCAUGGGAAGAAAGGCAGAGUAAAGCAGAACCUGGAGAGAGAGUGCGAGCACUGUGGGAGGAAGUUCACUCAGCUGCGAGAGUACAGACGCCACAUAAACAACCACCAGGGAGUGAAGCCAUUCGAAUGCCUAACGUGUGGCGUCGCCUGGGCCGACGCCCGCUCUCUGAAGCGCCACGUCCGCACGCACACGGGAGAGCGACCGUACGUGUGCCCCAUGUGCCAGGAGGCGCACAUCGACGCACGCACCCUACGCAAACACAUGGCCAAGUACCACGUGGACAAUCUGCCAGGGAAGAUCAUGCUGGAGAAGGACACCCUGCAGUUUCACAACCAGGGCACCCAGGUGGAGCACGCCGUCAGCAUCCUGGCAUCUGACCUGCCUCCGGAGCUCCGCCCCGCCCAGCAGCUGCCGUCGGAGGAGAUCGAGACGGUGCUGAUCACAGAGGAGACAGUGGAGGCCGUGCAGGCUGUUCAGGCCGUGACCGACGGCUCUAUGUCAACGCUGUCAGAUCAGGGCAUCAUGCAGGUGGUGAACUACGUCCUGGCACAGCAGGCGAUUACAGGGAACAAGCUGGAGGACGAGGACGCACCUGAGGAGAUUCAGACCAUGGAGGUGGAGGUCGCUCAUGUGGCCGAAGUGGAGUAACUCUCAGGCUCCUCACACAGACUGAUCUGAUUGUUUCCCCACAGUCUGUAAAAUGUAACAGAAUGUAAAAAGAUGCCUAUUUUUCUGAAAUUGUACAUAGUGUAAGUGAACCAUGAGUGAGUCCAUUCAGCUUUGAACUGUGUGUUCGAUUUGUUGUGUGUUUGUGCACACAGUCACAUGUUUUGUUGUGUAAAUAAGUAGAUAUACAGUAACAAUAUUAA